GCGCAUGCCGCGUGCAUGCCGGGUUUCGGGCGCGCUUCGCAUACGACAAAAAACCUUCCCGCCAGUCCGAUGUCAUCGGCGGGCUGGGAUGAUGUAAGGAGAAAGAAGAGGAUCACAACAGCUAGAAACGUCGGACGACCGGUAGCGGCAGCUGGUGAUCGAAGACGCCGGGAGUUAGUCUAAGAGCAGGAGGGAGACGCCAUAGCCAGCAACCAUUCUCCAUAGCCCAACCUCAGACGUGGCCAUAGCCCAACCUCGGCCGACCAAGCCAAAGGUGGUGAGGAAAGAGAAGACGAUCGCCACGGGCUGGAAACCUCGGAUGACCAGUAGCAGCAGCCGGUGAGCAGAGCAGGAGAGAGAAGACAUAGCCAUCAGCAGCAGUCGCCAUAGCCCAGGCUCAGAAGCCCCCAUAGCCGAACCUCGGCCGACCAGGGCUAAGGUGCAAGCCCGACGGAGCCAGAAAAAAAGGUAACUAGCAAAUAGCAAAUAUCAAAUAGCAAGAAGUGAAGAUAACGCAGCAAACGCCAGUCCACCAACAAGCUUCCGCCAUAGCCACACGGAAGAGAGAAGAAACGACGAGCGAAUUGUCCACAGCAGCAACAGCAACAGGAUCCGGAAAAAAGAGAGAGAGAGAGAGAGAGAGAGAGAGAGAGAGAGAGAGAGAGAGAGAGAGAGAGAGAGAGAGAGAGGACGGUAAGGUGAGGAGCAGCCCCCGCCAUGUCCACCUCCGUCCAGUUGUCGCCGCUAGAUAGGUUCUCGUGCGCAAGUGCGUUGACGUCAACAUGCAUGAAUCGCACGAGCAGUCCAGGAGCGGGAGGGGCUGCGUCUGAGCUGCCGGCGGUUGGAGGAGGAAGCUCGAGAGUGGUGGCCACGGCGAUGGCCACGUGCUCACCCCCCUCUCUUCUUCCUCCAUCUCCUGCUGCAUGCAGGCGGGUCUUCGUCAGACCAUUGACCUGCGAGCUCAGCAGGUCGGGGGUUCGAGUCCCGCUCGGAACAACUCGUGCUCGGGCGAGCUUGGAGUCCACGUCGUCAUCAAGUGACACGCAGCAGGAAACGAUUCGGAAGAGAGGCGAGGGCCAUGGCGGUGGCUAUGGCGACGAGCUCUGUGGCUAUGGCGGAAGCGUUCGUGAUCAGCUUGCAGAGACGACGGAGAACAGACCAGCGGCGGCUUCGUGUCACGAUUCCACGACGAGCGGACGGGUGGAAGACGACGGCACCUGGGAAGCUAAGUUGUCCACCAUAGCCAGAGGCUUGGCAAAGAGUAUGGUGGUCGUGCUCGCUGCAGCCGCGCUGCUGGCUUCUUCUCCAAAUGGAGCUAUGGCGGCCAAAAGUGGAGGGAGGGUCGGCGGGAGCGCUUUCCGCUCAGCCCCGAGAACGGGCCCUUCUAGCGGACCCCGAAUCAACUCCAGGACUUACAUUAACCCACCUACAAUAGCUCCUCCUAUUUACGGUGGCGGCUAUGGAGGCGGUUUCUUUCCAUUCGGCGGAUAUGGCUAUUCUCCGUUCGGAUAUGGAUUCGGUCCAGUUAUUGGCAUUCAGGGAGGAGGAGGAUUAUUUCAGUUCAUGUUUUUCAUCUUCGUUGCCAAUUUCGUCUUCAACUUCAUCCGAAACCUGACGGACAGAGAUGAGGAUUGAACCACUUUUCACUUCCCUCUCUUCCUUCUCUUCUUUUCCAUUCUUCCGUCCUUCGUCGCACACUCUUAGCACCUGCUCUCUCCCAUUUGCUACGUUCAUCAUUUCCCACUCCUUUGUUUCAUUCCCUAACUCCGCACCUUACACACGCUGACCACCUGCUCUCCCCCAUUUCCUUGCUUCAUCAUUUCCCUCUCCUUUCCUUUGUUUCACCCUCCCCCCCCGCCCCCCCUUCCCCUCUUACAAUGCCAUAUGUUCAUUCAUCCUCUCCCUCCCCAUCCUUCUUCCGUACCCGUUCCCACCUAUCACCUCCUUCCUGUCCUUACCCGUCUGUAUUUCCCUCCCGUAUAAUGCCAUACACUCAUUCUUCUUUUCCCCACGCUUCCCUACCAUUCCUACCCUACCCUUCCUCUUCCUUUCCUACCCUUCCCUAUCCUUCCGUACCCUCCUUUACCCUUUCCUACCCUUCCCUACCCUUCCCUUAACCCGUUCCCUACGCUUUCUCCUCCUUUCCUUUGUCACCCCCCCCCUUCCCCUCUUACAAUGCCAUAUGUUCAUUUUUCCUUCCCUCCCACGCUUCUUCCGUACCCUUCCCCACCUAUUACCUCCUUCCUCGCCCUAUCCGUCUGUCUUCCCCUCCCCUAUAAUGCCAAAUGCUCAUUCUUUUCCCUACCAUUCCUCUUCCUUUCCUACCCACCCUUCCUCUUCCUUUCCUAGCCUGUAUGCCCUUCCCUUAUCCUUCCCUACCCUUUCUCCUCCUUUCCUGCUCUUCCCUACCCUUCCUCCUCCUCUCCUAACCUUCCCUACCCGUCCUCUUCGUCUGCUACCCUUCUAUACCCUUUCUCCUCCUUUGCUACCCUUCCCUACCCUUCUCGGUCUUUCCUAGCCUUCCCUACCCUUCCCUACCCUUCCUCGGCCUUUCCUAGCCUUGCCUACCCUUCCUCUUCAUCUCCUAACCUUCCCUACCCGUCCUCGUCAUCUGCUACCCUUCCAUACCCUUUCUCCUCAUUUGCUACCCUUCCCUACCCUUCCUCGGUCUUUCCUAGCCUUGCCUACCCUUCCCUACCCUUCCUCGGCCUUUCCUAGCCUUCCCUACCCUUCCUCCUCCUCUCCUAACCUUCCCUACCCGUCCUCUUCAUCUGCUACGCUUCCAUACCCUUUCUCCUCCUUUGCUACCCUUCCUACCCUUCCUCGGCCUUUCCUAGCCUUGCCUACCCUUCCGUACCCUUCCUCGGCCUUUCCUAGCCUUGCCUACCCUUCCCUACCCUUCCUCCGCGUUUCCUAUCCUUGCCUACCCUUCCCUACCUUUCCUCCGCCUUUCCUACCCUUUCCUACCCUUUCCUACCCUUCCCUACCCUUCCUCUUCCUUGCUUACCCUUCCCCACCCUUCGCCUACCUUCAUUUGUUCAUUCAGCCAUCCAGACGUGUGAUUGCAAUUUUUCAGUUUCAAGUUUGGAGAUCGGAGCUACAUUCAUUAUGCAAAGCUUUCUAUGCAAGCGCCUUCAGAUACGGGAGCAAGCUUUUCUGCAAGCCCAUUCAGAUACUGGAGCAACUAAAGGGAUGUGAUUAAGGUGUUCUCUUUUGGAUGUUUCUGAUGCUUGCUUCAUUUGGAAGGGGCUGAAAAUUUCCUUCCCUUCCUGAUGCUGUAAGGGUAUACCCGGUCUAGAGAGGUGGUCCUUUCCCUCGCUACUCUUAGAAGUAUAGGAGUUGGCCCCCAAGGAAUAGAUAGACACUCGCCGGCCGCAGACUAGUGUAUAUAUAGUAUAUACAGUCACUAUAAAAAGAAGCCACAGCCAGGAGUUGGCUCCCAAGGUAAUAGGAGGGUGGGGCCCUCUUAGACGAUGAAGAAGGGCAGAAAAGGUGUUCUUUCUCUAAAAGAAAAGGGAAAUCCUCCUCCUUUCUUGCACAACCUUUCCCUUUUUUCGGAACUCUGAAGGCCGUGUAUCCUUCAGGGAAAUGAGGCCACAUUCACUGCAGGACUCUUUCGCCUAAGCUCCUGGACGUGAUGGCAGUCCGAUUCAUAUAGGUCUAGGUGUAAUUAUAGUCCCAUACAUUUAUGAUAGUUUACUGUGAGAGUAUGCCCGCAGACUAAUGUGUAGAAAAAUGGCGCGUGGUCCGGCACAUUUAUGUUAGUUUAGUGUUUUUUUUUGUUUUUUUUUUUAAUGAUAGUUCACUCACUGCGGGACUCUUUCUGCUAAGCUCUGGAGUCUGGGCGUGAUCGCAGUCAGAGUCAUCCAGGUCUAGUAGGCAUAAUUUACAGUCAAAUACAUGUUAUGAUUCUUUAGUGUGAGUAUGCCCUCCAGACUAUAUGUAUAGAAAUGGUGGGGGGGCUCAAUUACAUUUAUGAUAGUUCAGUGCGAGUAUGCCCCCAGUAUAUAUGUAUAGAAAAAAAAAAACAAAAAAAAACUGCUCUUUCCAGGCUUGGCUCCCUCGGAUGCACUUGGACGAUGUUACGAUGUUUUUGGUUUUCGGAGAGGCUGUGUAUACAAUACGACCAAUAGAAACUUCAAAGAAAAGAACCAUUUAAGAAUCAGAUCAUAGUGUUCGUAGGAGAAAAAAAAAACAAAAAAAGCUCAUAGAAAAGCAUGGUGUCACUGGUGUGUGGCACUCGUUGGCGUGUCGAGGAAGAAUCGAGGAAUAUAAUCCAAAUAUAUUUCGUAUCGGAACAAUUCAGACG